CUUGUGACACGCUGCAGUUGCACGUAGGCCGGCAUAGGGCUGUGCUGUUAGCUCGUACGAGGUAGCAGGAGUACGUAUUGACAAGUGCAAAGCGAUCUCUCGCUUUUGCACACGCGUCCGGGCCGAUAAAGGCUGCUGCAAUUGGGAGAGCAUCUCUCUUGCACGCGUGCGUGCCGCACAGCACAAAUAGCUGCAACGAUGCGCCGCCGCAGCCGCGUCUGGCUCGUCGCCGUCGCGCACGCACUCACGCCGCCGGCGGGCCUGCGCAAGCUGACGCGCUCCGUCGCGUCGCCCGAGCUGCUCGACCACAACGACGCCGUCACGUUCCUCCAGGAGACGGGCGUGCCGACGUUUGCCGCUGAUGAAGCUUGGCUCGAGCUCGACGACGCCGCGCCGGCUUCGAAGGCCGUGCCCGUCGACGGCGCCGACGCGAUCUUGAUCGAGCACGCCCUCUCACCUGAAGAGUGCGAACGGUUGAUAAACGAAGCGGAGCGCGCGGGUUUUAGUGAAUUCGACGCGGGCAAGAACACGCACGCCGCUCUACAAGUUUGCGUCCACGAGGCGCUUGAGGCUGCAGCCUGCGCGAGGAUUUCAAGACAUGUCCCUCGCGAAGUGGAAACAUCGAGAUACGCCCACCUCCUGAACCAGCGCUGGCGGUUUUACAGAUACGCGGCCGACGGCAAGCAGGAGUUCCGGCCCCACGUCGACGCGGGUUUUCCUCCCUCGAGCGUUGAUGGAGACGCGUUGGUCAUGGACGCGCACGAUGGCAGGUACGAAUCGCGGUACUCGGCUCUCUUCUACCUCAACGACGACUUCGACGGCGGCGCGACGCGCUUCUACCUGGCGAAUAAUACAGAAAUCGACGUCAAACCGGCACAGGGCGCUUGCCUACUGAUAAAGCAAGCCUUGGAGGGCGAGGAGUGGGAGGUCGCCGACGUCGCCGGCCACGCCGGUACUCAAGUACUCGAAGGGAGGCCGAAGUAUGUUAUUAGGACGGACUGCAUGUAUACGACGCAACCCGAUCCGAACGCGCACGCUCUUGAGAGGACCCUGCGACCGUUUUCAUCAAUCUAUGAUCGCGAGUUCCUCGAGGCAUGUAGACCGUUAUACUCGGUGCACAUGGGCGUCGAGAACGCCGCGUCCCUCUUGUAUUCUCUGAUACGCUUCGUCAAACCACAUUCAGUGGUCGAGGUCGGCGCGGGCUACACGUCGCUGUGGUUGUUGAGAGCUUUGGCGGACAACGACGACGAAUUGCAACGAUUAUCAAAGCUGCAGGAGGAGGGCGGCGCCGAUCUGCUGGCGUGGCCCUGGUGCGAACCUAUACAUAUCAAAAAAUCAUCCUUGAUCUGCGUCGACAACUGCCGCCACCAGACGUCGACGGCGCGGAAAGUCGAGACCGUGGCCCAUGACCUGGAUCUAGGCGAUCGUCUGCAGUUCAUCGAGGGCGAUGCGUUCGAGCUCUUCCGCGAUAGAUUUGACGAUGAAAGCAUAGACUGCUUCUGGCUGGACUUUGGGGUUGGGGAUAGAGUAGCGGACUUCGUGCGGGGUUUGUGGCCGGCCAUAAGUCCGGGCGGGUUUGUAUUGUGCCACUCGUCGGUGACGAAUCGAGGGACGCGACAGUGGUUGGACGCGGUCCGGCGGAAUGAGCCUGAACACGAAACAGGCGUGCCGCCGGGCGAGGCCCACCACAUCUCGUUCCUGGAGCCGCACAAGCACUUCCAGAACGCUAUUACAGUAUUACAGAAGCGGCCGGCGGGGUUCGCGGAGCCGCUCUACUCCGAGCGGGCUUGAGCGCUCCUUGAGAGGUGGGUACCGGCAUGUGGUCUCAGAGACGCCAUCGACUCUCUGACGGCCGCGUCGACGCCGUCGCGGCGUCGCGGUCUCGCGAAGACGCCAUCGACGCGACCACGCCACCCC